UUGGAAAUCAUGAACUCGAUUUUGAUCACUGGAUGCAAUCGCGGAUUGGGUUUGGGGCUUGUUCAACAUCUGACGCAACUGCCAAAUCCACCGGAAAAAAUAUUCGCCACUUGUCGUGACAUCACCAAGGCACAGGAGCUCCGAAAAAUUGCUGAUGAGUCCAAGAACGUUCACAUCAUCGAGGUCGACCUGAAGGACACUCACAGGUAUGCGGAAAUUGUCGAUACGGUUGGGAAGAACGUUGGAGAUGCUGGUCUUAACGUACUGUUCAACAACGCUGGGAUUGCUGCUAAAUACACGAGAAUUGGAAUGGUCAAAGAGGAACAGCUGACUGACGUUUAUUUUGUCAACACUGUCGUGCCGAUUAUGCUUACAAAGGCAUUCCUACCUUUACUGAAGAAAGCUGCCAGUAAGAAGCAGGGGAUGGGAGUCCAGCGAGCUGCUGUCAUCAACAUGACCUCGAUCAUAGGGAGCAUUGAGGACAACACGAUGGGAGGAUUCUAUCCUUAUCGAUGCAGCAAGACCGCUCUGAAUGCAGCAACGAAAUCCAUGAGCAUUGAUUUACUCGACGAUGGGAUUCUCGUUGCUUGCAUGCAUCCUGGAUGGGUCAGGACUGACAUGGGGGGCGCAAAUGCACCGAUGGACGUCGAGACUUCUGUUUCAGACAUGGUCAGGACUAUUCAGGGCCUCAACGAGUCCCACAACGGAAAGUUCCUACAGCACGAUGGAAAAUUCCUGCCGUGGUAGACUUUGAAAAACUGGAGAACGAUUUUUUCAGGAAAAAAUCAUUUCGUUGAUUCCGUAAAUUAAGGACUAGUAUUCAAUCAAAAUAUCCCACGGUAAAACUUCUAAAAUGUCUAACUAGAAAAAAUCGAGAACUAAAAACAAUAGCGAACGAAGUGACAAGACGAGCUGUGUUUUGACUACUGAUUAGUUUCUGAUGAUUAUCUGAAAAUCUAGAAAAGGUAACGUAAUUUUUUGUCAUUAUCUUUUUUUAGAUUUGAAGUUAUUGUUCAAAAACUAGAUUCAGAGAUUAGUCAACUACCACUUUGUUGCUGAAAUGCCCAAAAACUCAAAAAAAAGAAAAAUAUUAACAAAAUAAUUGUACAAUUUGUAUUGUACGAGGAGGAACAAACAUAUCACAUGACACUUAAAUCAACACAUCAAUGACUAAAAAAGGAUAUUGGCAGUGUUGAAUAUAAUAGAAGAUUAAAUACUAACAAAAUUGAAUGAAUGAAUGUCUUUGGAUAUUUUGGGGCUGGCCUUCAUGUUCACAGACAUUUUAUUUUUGAUUUUUUGGCAAAUGGAUCAUUCAGACUUGAAUCUUCCGGACUGGAUAUUUUUUACUGGAUAUUUAGAGCGGCCACUAGGAAAUCAGUUAUCACUUUUGGGAAUGGGAAAGAGUAUUAAACGUAACAUAACACAAAGUAUAAACAUUUUUUUAUUUUGGAACAGGGAGCAAAGUCUUAUAUUCAGGGGAUUGUGUUUUUUACCGAAUAAAAUAUAUAAAUCAUGGUA